CAGCUGAAUUGUGCUGCUCUUAGUUAUUUGUGUGUGGGUGUUUAACAGUCAGAAACUCCUUCAUCUGCUGCUAUGAACAGAUUGGUCAGUGUUUUAAUUGUGGCUGGACUGAUCUUUGAAUCAUGGGCUCAGAGACCAGAAAUAGUCUUGUCAGGAUUGCAAUGUUAUCCUGCCUUCAACCUUCAAUGCUGGACCCAAUGGUUUGACAGUGAUAACCCCUCAAGUAAUGGAGACAGAGAAAAUCUUAACAGACUUCUCAGAAAGUAUCCUGGAAAGAUCUGCCCAAACCCUCUGUCUGGCCUGACUCCAGAGGAAGCAGGUGACAUAAUUAAAGUGAGCGACACAAACACAGGAUUCAUAUGUCGAAAGAAGGACCAACCUGAUGGGUAUUGUGAGGAUUACAAGGUUCGCUUCAGCUGCCCCCCUCCUUACUGUGCUGAGACAGUGUGCUGGACGAAGUGGUAUGAUAGAGAUAACCCUUCUGGAAGUGGUGAUUGGGAGACUCUGAGGUCCCUGCAAAAUGAAUACAAGGGAGAAAUUUGCAAUACACCUCACUAUAUCGAGGCUGUUACCACUGACACUUUGACCCCAGCUAUUUACACAGGAGAGAACUUUUAUGCCUACAAUCCAACAGUAGGUUUCGUUUGCCGCCAAGAGGACCAGAAGGAUCGGACCUGCAAGGAUUACAAAGUCCGGUUUGGAUGUCCCUGUGAUAACUGAGUCAAGACAACCAAAAUGAGGAUAAAAGCAUUACUGUCCUGGGGUAUUCAUUUUUCUGGGUGUAGAUCAUGUCCUCUGUUGUUUACUUAGGUUGAAUCUUGCUAUAAUUUAGUUGCUUUCUCAGUUUUAAUCAAUCUAAGUAAGGUGUUUCAAUUUAAGUUAAUUCCUUUGCUAUUCUUUUACUCUCUUAGGUUAUUCUUGGUUUCAGUUCCUUUAGACUUUGGAUUUACUCCAUAAUGGAUCUGUUUUAGUUUUAAAAGCCGUAGCCAAAAAGUCUAAAAUCCUUUUUUUUGUCUGUAUGUUUCUGCGCUGUUUUCUUAGAAUAUAAUAAAG